AUGAGCUUACAUUUUAGUGAUGAAGAUGAUAUAUAUGAAGAUAAUGCUAAUAAAGAAAAAAGUGAAAAUAAUGAUUUGAAUUAUGAUUCCUUCAAUGACGAAAAAAAAAACGAUGAAAAUUUUAUCCAGAAAGAUCAUUAUGAUGAAAUGGAAGAAUGUGAAGUUGAAGAAAAAAAGAAAAGAAAAAAAAGUGUAGGAUUUCAAUUGAAAAAUCUAUUUAAUGAUAUAGCCCUAAAUAAAAUUAAUAGCUAUAUUCAAAAAAAAAGAAAGAGCGAACAUAGAAAUAGUUAUGAUGAUAAUUCUAAUUUAUAUGAAGAUGAUAAUGAAGAAGAUUCCUAUGAAGAUGAAUUACAAAAAUACGUUAGAGAAGAAAAAGAUAAAAUAAAACAAGUACUGCCAGAAAAAGAUGAGUUAUGGGAAAUGUUUAUUUACCUAAAUUUAAAAAAAAAGAAAAGAAAAAUUGAUUAUGACGAAAAAUAUUAUAGUUUAGCGAUUAAAAAAAUAUUAGAAAAUGUAGAAAAAGAAUAUAAAGAUAUAAUUAAGGAAAAAUUAUUUCAAAAUAAAAAUUUCGAAGAAUAUUUAAUUAUAACUGAUUUUUCUGAUUUUCUAAAAAGUAACAAUAUUGAGAAUAUAGAAAAAAAUACACUGAUUCCCCUUAUUAAAAAAAAAAACUCAUUAAAAGAUAUCAAGAAAAAAUUAAUUGAAUUGUAUAAUAAAGGAAAUUACUGUAGUUAUAUAAAAGAAAUAAAUUUUUUUAAUGAAAAAAAAGAAGAAAAUUUAAAUGAAGAAGGUGAUAACAAUAAUAACAGUAGAAAAUAUGAAACUUAUAAAAGACAGAGUACCAAUUUAAUAAUAGAAAAAGAAAAACUUAAUUUAUCCUUAAGCAAAUUAUCUGAUAAGUAUUCUCUAAUGAUAAAUAAAAUAAAGAAACAUAAAAGAAAAGAUUUAAGAACAAAUUUUAAUUUAUUUAUGAAUCUAAUUAAUGAAGUUACUUCAAAGUUAUAUUUUUCUAUCCAUAAUGUUUUUUUAAUAGAUGACAAUAAUUCAAAUAUAGCUGAUAUUUAUAAAACAAUUAGAAGAAAAUAUAAUAUACAUGAUGUUUUAGCUAAAGUUCAAAAAUUAACACAAAAAAAAGAAGUAUAUGAACAUUAUCGUUCUUAUUUAAUAUAUAAAUAUAAAACAACUUAUCCCGUUUGCGAUGAUGCUUUUAAAAAUCAUAUAAUGAAAGAUAAUAUUAAUAUAUUUAACUUUAAAAAAUUUUAUAAUACUGAAUUUUCGAAAGAAAAAUUUUUCAUUAUAAAGGAUUAUGAAAAAACUGAAACACAAAAUGAAAAUAUAAGUAACACUGAAAAAAAUGAAAAAGAAGAAAUGAUGAGUCAAAAUAAAAAAAAAGACAAAACUUCUUCCGAAGAUUUAUAUACAAACGAUGUAUAUAAUGAUGAUUUUUUUAAUGUGAAUAUGCAAAAUGAUUGUAGCAAAAAUUUACAAAAUGGCAAUACUGAUUUAAAUAUUCCUGAAAAGAAAGAAGAGAAAAAUGAAAUUAAUAAUAAUAAUAAUGAUAAUAAAAACAUUUUUGAACAAAAGAAUAUGGAAAAUGAAAAUAAUGAUAAUAAUAACCUUAAUGAAACACCUUUAGAAAGAGCUAAGAGAAUAGCUAGAGAAAAAAAAAAAAAACUAUUAGAAAGUAGAAUUAAAAUUAUAUAA